AUGAGCGCGUGGGAUAAAGUGAUUGACUACCAUAUCAAGGCCGACUGCGACCAAUGGUGCCACUAUGUCGAACGGCAUCUUCCGAAACUGUUUGAGACGCCAGAGGAAACGUCUGUGUACUUCACGCCGCCGUCCACGCCGACAAAGAAGCGUAUUGUUGAUGUGAAGAACGUGCUGCCUCGGAAGCAGCAGCCAACAAAGGUGCUACAGGAGAUUACCAACAGGAAGGAGACCUCUAAUUCGUACGUCAAGGACGAGCCUGCUGACGAGAUUCCUAGUCCCGAGUUCAGUCCUGUGAAACGGCGACGGACCGGAGUGUUGUGA